AUGGACGACACAUAUCCGGAGCUUCAGCUCCCGGAGUCGCGUGUGCUCAUUGUCAUCACAGGUGGAACGAUAUGUAUGCGCAAAUCAGCAGACGGUCUGGUGCCUGCAAGAGGUUUCUUAAAAAAUGGACUUGCUCCUCGGCCAGUCUUCAAUGAUGGGUCUUACCCGGAGCCGCUGGAGAUCGUGACCGACGACAAGGGCACGCGGAGGGCUGUUCAAAGUUUAAGAACACCAACCAGCGCCUACGAACGUCGAGUUAGGUACUCUGUGCUCGAGUUCGACACAUUGCUCGACAGCAGCUCUAUCAAUGCUGAAGGCUGGGAUCAGAUCGCAAAGACGAUUUACCGGAAUUACCAACUGUUCGAUGGAUUCGUGAUUCUCCAUGGCACUGAUUCUUUGGCGUACACAAGUUCUGCGUUGAGCUUCAUGAUGCACAAUUUGGGCAAACCUGUCAUUCUCACCGGAUCGCAGGCGCCGAUGAUGCAACUACAGACCGAUGCUGAGGACAAUCUACUGGGCGCUCUGAUCAUAGCGGGUCAUUUCAUGAUACCUGAGGUCUGCCUGUUCUUCAACUUCAAGCUCUUUCGCGGCAACCGGACCACCAAGGUCUCAGCAGACGACUUCAACGCCUUCGGUAGUCCCAACCUCCCACCUUUGGCGACCAUUACCUCGCUCAGGACUAACGUGUCGUGGGGCAAUGUGCAUCGAUCUACGAGCAUGUCGCCGUUCUCCAUCCAGACCCAGCUCGACACGACACACGUAGCCUGUCUCCGUAUCUUCCCGGGCAUGAAACCCGAAAUGGUAGACGCAGUACUGCACUUAGAGGGCCUCAAAGGCCUCGUGCUGGAAACAUUCGGAGCUGGAAACACUCCAGGUGGCCCCGACAGCCCAAUGACACGUACCCUGGCCGAUGCAGUAAAGAGAGGAAUCGUCAUUGUCAACGUAACGCAGUGCUUGAGCGGUAGCGUGAGCCCGCUCUACGCACCUGCGACCUUCUUGGGCCGAGUUGGCGUAGUCUUCGGCAUGGACAUGACGUCUGAAGCCGCCCUCACAAAGCUGGCAUACCUGCUGGCGCUACCGGGCGCAACAGCUGAGGAGGUUGCAAAGAAAAUGUCCGUCUCCAUUCGCGGUGAGCUGACAGAAAUGACACGUACACACUUCGAGCACCCGAAAACAAGUGGAACGCUUACUCCAGAGCUGUCCAGCCUGGCUGCGCUCGGAUAUGCAAUCCAGAAAGGCAAUUUCCAAGAUACGAGGGAUAUUAUUCGCGGCGAGCCUCGUUGGCUGCUCAACGAUGCCGAUUACAAUCUCAACACGCCUGUGCACCUUGCAGCCACUGGGCCCAACGUGGAGAUCCUGCGCGACUUCCUCCAGCAGGGCGCCUCGGUACACCUGCGCAAUCGCAGCGGGCACACUCCUCUCUAUCUCGCGGCGGCUGCGGGGUUGAAGGAUCAUGUGGAGGUACUCAAGAGAGCUGGAUCGCACCUGCACACAGACGAGGUGCCACAAGCGCAGCUGCACAUGGCGGAGGGCGACGGCAACGCCAGCAUAUGGGAGUCUGUGAUUGGCUGA